AGGACGUGUCUACGUGCUACGGAAUAUUGCCCGACGCGGUCACAAAACUUUUUGGACUAAAAAAUAAUACCUGACCUUCUCGGGGAGAGCCGAAAGUUAAAUAAAAUGACAAAAAUUCGACAUCGUGUUUGCAAAAGAGCAAUUAUGUUGAGUGCUUUUAAAACAGUGUGCUUUUACUUGUGUAAGCUGUAAGAUUGAAUUGUAUUAAUUAGUAAAAAUGCUGUUAAAUGUUUAUGAUUACGUAGAUAAUGGUGAAAUGAGUACUUUGGAGAUAGAUAAAUUAUUUUGGGAUUAUUUUGAAGUGACAACUGAGGGUUAUAAUUCGAGUGUGAGUGUAACGGAGACGCUUCCGCGCGACCAGGGUGCAGUGUUGGCUACCUACGGAGUGCUGUUGGCGAUCGGCGGAAUUGGUAACCUGGCCGUGUUGGUAACCCUGGCGCGAACCAGGCGGAGAAAGUCAAGAGUUGAUCUGCUGAUGACGCAUCUGGCAUUGGCCGAUGUAUGUGUUACUUGUGGGGUUAUUCCUUUGGAGAUUGGGUGGAAAUAUACGAACGCAUGGCUGGUGGGGAACUUCCUGUGCAAAAUGCUGCUCGUACUCCGGGCUUUCGGAUUAUACUUGUCCUCUAAUGUGCUCGUCUGUAUAUCCAUCGAUAGAUUUUUCGCGGUAAUUUACCCGCUCCGACUGCCGGUAGCGCGCCGGCGCAGCAAACAGAUGCUGUACGGGGCGUGGGUCAUCGCGCUAGCCUGUAGCUUACCUCAGAGUAUGGUGUUCCGAGUGAAACGUCACCCGCGUGACGCGGGCUUCGAGCAGUGCGUCUCGUUUGACGCCUUCAGCAGUUACCACCAAGAGGUCGCCUACAACGUCUUCUGCAUCUGCGCCAUGUACUUCGUGCCGCUGGUCGUCAUCACCGUCUGCUACGUCUGCAUCUUCUGUGAGAUCCAUCGCAGCAGUAAAGAGCUCGAUGAAAAGUGUAUCCAUCGCAACGGCAUCGGGCAUGUGCGACUCCGCCGCUCCGGGCGCCGUAUCCUGGAGCGCGCGCGCCGGCGUACCCUGCGCAUGACUGUCACCAUCGUCGCUGUCUUCGCUUUGUGCUGGUUGCCGUAUGCUACUAUGGCCAUGUGGUAUAUGAUCGAUCGUGGCUCAGCGGAGAAAGUGUCACCGCGGAUCCAAGACCUGCUGUUUGCCAUGGCCGUUUCCAACUCCUGCAUGAACCCGCUGGUCUACGGAUCCUACACAAUAGACCUGAAGGGGGCUCUCAGAAGGCUACUAAAAAACACGUGCUGCAGAUCUACUUCUGCAUCAGACACUAUAGGUAACUCCGGAUCAAGUUCACUAAAGAACAGGAAUGUUAAUUUGGAGACGCCCCUGGUGAUGCCAUCUAAGAAUAGUCGAGUGCGCACCCGGCUGGGCGUCCGGUUCGCCGAAACGUCCCUGACGGCGGUGCCGGACCGGCCGGAGCCACGACCCCGGGCGCCGGCCUGACAUCCCCCUCCUCGCCUCAUGUGCGCACGACACGAACGCUGCAGGGUCCUGCAGGAGUACUACCAAGACCGGAACGGAACACCUCCCGUGCCCAUGUAGUACCCAACGUGUCGCUGCCAUAUGGACCUUAAUGUGUACAAAAUGGACAAUAUGCGUAGCACAGUCUACAAUAUAGACUGGACUGUCAAUAUGCUCCCAACAGCGGCUAGGAUAGUAAUAUAAUUUGUUGUGAAUAAUUGCAGUAAAUUAUUUUUGUACGAUUUAAUUUUUAAGACGACUUAGGUAACUAAUUUUUAUUUUGAUUCGAAAUUGUCAAUUAGUUAAAACAAUACCGCAAUGUGGCAGAAAGCUAUAGAAAGAGAAUGAUGGAAUUGAAUUUCUGAAUUUCUCAAAAAUAUGACCACUGGGAAAAUGAAUUUGGAAUUUUCUAAACAAAUUGGUAGUAAUUAUUUUGAAUACUUACAGAUUUAUAUCCCAGAUUUUACUAAUUAUGAUCUUAUAGGACAUGUCAGUGUUAGUCCCUACCCACCCUCUCGUUGUUAAAAAAUUAAAGUAUCCUUUAUAACUUUAUCCUAAAAUCAGUCUGUCAAUAAAGUGAUUAGGAUAAAUAAUGUCCUGUUGGCUGGCAACACUGGGUGUUUAUAAACCAAUCGUAACCAUUCUACUUAUUUUGUUAUUUCAAUGGAAAAAAGUCUAGUUUGUUAAAUAUUUUAUUUUUAUUUACAGAUUUCUCAUAAUAGACGUACAUAAAUUACGAUGGAAUUCUGCAAACUGUUAGUUUCUACGCCCCAUAGACUUACGUAUUACUUUGCUUCGCCCUGUGAAGUUUGCAACACGGUUUUUAGGUACAACCACAUUUGGUUCGCGGUAACGUGCGUUAUGUGACAACACAAAAUUAAUUUUAAUGUUCUGCUUAGUACGUAAUAAACAUAAUGGAAAUCUGUGGAACUCGGUGCUUGUAAGAGUGUAUUUUAUUUGCGAAAUAGGUAGAUUCUUAUUUGUAAUGUUAUUGAUCGAUUAAUUAAAGAUAAUAAAUGUGGUCUUGAAAGACUAGACUAGGCAAUUUUGAGGAUCUAAAUCGUUAAUGCCUAAACUAGGUAUUUGUAAUUGAUGUCUAGGUAUAUUAUAGAUUCUAUGUAUUCAACAUUGAGAUGCAAUGUUCAAAAAUGUAGGUACAUUUUCUGUUACCUCAUUUUAAAUGCGUUAUUUCUCCCCGUGUGUAUCUUCGCCGUAAUAAACACGCACGAUCAUCUCAUAAUGGAAAUCGCUACAUUACAUAUAUACCCGCACGUCACAUGCCUCAUUUCAAGGCCCAUUGCGUGACCUACAUACUAAUUAAUCCAUAAUAUCUCCCUUCAUUGUUAAUGAAAAUUCUUCAUGGAAAGUUCCCUCUGUUCGCGAUAUAUCAAUUUAUUGUUUUUAUGGGUCGCAUUUUUUCAUCCAGCUGUUUUAGUUAUAUUUUUUUCUGAGAAAAAAGGUUGUCCCAAAUUCAUGUCGACCAACAACCAUCAAUGACACAAAAGAAAGUGAUGCGAAAAUAGUGCGUAACUCCAUACGCUUAGGCGUAUAGUAGCGUGGCAAUGACAAGUGUAGUCGUCGUGGGCUCUCUCGGUUGUUAUGGCUCGAGUGAACACAGAAGUCUAGAUUCACAGGCGAACCUCUGAAAACAGCCUACAUGAGGCGACAGAGAUAAGCUACAUCGCGAAAAAAGUUUUGCGAAAUUUGACGUAUAUGCGGCAUAAAUUGCUGGUUUUUCACAGCGCCAAGGUGGUUUUUCACGGCGCCAAGCAAACCUCUCAUACAAACUAUGCAAUGUGACAAUAGUGUGUAGCCGCUCCACAUAAUACAAAACAAUUUAUGGAAAACGAAGCCUUAAAUAUGUAUGUGAAUUUCAUUCGCAAUGAUUUGUGGGCAAUCAGUAAUUGGGAUUUGAAAUCUAAAUCCCGCACUUUACGUUAUUAGAAUGAUUUUCAAUUUGUGUGUUGCAGAGAUACUUAAGGUAUGUUUAUUUCAUAUUAUACCUUGUUAUUCAUAAAGAAGGUAAAGUGUAAUUUAAGCUUAAAAGGCUGGAUAAAAAACCUAUCUACCUACAUAUACCUACAUGUUAUAGAACUACCUAUAUAGGUAGUGGUAACUUAUUUUAAUGCAUAUGGGAAUCGAUUAAAUAAUGACUGUAAUUGAUUGUAUUCGAUGUAUAUAUUUCUUAUUGUUGUGGUACCUGAUCUUACUAUCUUCAAAUAGUAACUACAUAUUUAAGUGUAACUACUAAUUCUCGCUCAAUUAACCUCCUUUUAACGAAAUUGCCGACUAUAUUAUGUUAUAAAUAAAUAAACGACUCUUU